GAAGUACAAUAAUAUGUUGAAUUAUUUAUAUUCAAUAUAAUGUAUUGGAAACUAACUAAGCACAGCCCAGAGGGUUAAAUAAGCAUGACGGUCAAGUUGUUCGACCAUCAGUAGUAGACGAGUGCCGACGGCCAAACGGUCGCGGUCUCCGGCUUCUCGUUACGUCGGUAAUGCAAACGUUUGAAUCGGCUGCGAAAAACUCACUGACAGCGGCUAACAGCGACGAAACAGACAAUAACAAGCCGCUACGUCGCCGUUGGCCGCCCGAACAAACAAAGACUAACGGAAAUCAAACGAAGCAGCAUCCCGAGGAACAAGAGCAAAGCAAUCACCAACGUACUGAUAAAACGUCACAAUGCGAAAAUGACAUGCCAGAAGUUACCAACGGCACUGCUAAUCUUCCAAUUAAACACUUACCAUCGUCACAGUUUUCUCAAGACCAUUCUCACUGCAAAAUAACGAAUGGAUUUAAUAAAACACAAUACGAUGACGAUUCAGUUGAUUUUGUCUUGGCUUAUAACAGAAGGAGAGAUUCAACAAAUAACUUGAAGAAAUUUGAUGAUGAAGCAGAGCGUCAGAAGUUUUAUCAUCAAUUACAAAUUUAUGGCAUUUUGAUUAAAAUAGAUGAAGAUCCAACGAAUUCAUUAGAUGCAGGUCGAACGUGCUAUGCUCUAUUACGACUAUCUAAACGAUUAUUAAAUCAUAAUUGGUGUUGGAGUUGUAAGUGCCAGAGUGAUACUAUUAGUACCGAUAGUGAUGACAAAAAUGAACGACAAAAUAACAAUGUUGACAUAACUUUGACAUCGGCCCAAAGAGCCCAAAUUGUGUGGCGAUUUAUUCUUCAGAUAAAUUCGUGUACAAACAAAAAAUCCAAAGACAACGUCAUGAGCUUAGAUCAACUCUUAGAAGCUGGUAUCAUUACUGCUGCUUAUCCUGUACACGAUGGUGAUAUAAAAUCAGAUAAUAAUGGUCGGACUAAUGAUAGACAAAUUCUCUAUGAACAAUGGGCUAGACCAGGAUUGAUUUUAUCUCAAAAUUGGAAAGGAGAUUUUCGUAUAAAUACACUCAUUCGAAAGUAUUAUGGCACACCAGUAGCCGUAUAUUUUCGUUGGCUCAGAUUCUACACAGUAUGGCUCGUGGGCCCAGCAAUAGCCGGACUAGUUUGGUUUCUAUAUGGUCUUCUAACAACACAAAAUGAUCCUCCCACUCGAGAUAUUUGCAACCAACAUUCUGAAGUGGCCGAUUGGAUCUUAUGUCCCACUAGAAAAUGCGAUUCUAACUACUGUGGGUUUUCUCGAGUACUGGAUACUUGUGGUUUGUACAGGUGGACAUCAGCUGCGACUUUUGAUCGUCCAGGAGCUGUUGUAUUUACCAUUUUUAUGUCUUUUUGGGCCACAGUGUUCCAACAACUAUGGACCGUUUAUGGUUGUCAUUUCAAUAAAAAUGAUAGUGAUACAUUAUCCUGUAUGAAGUGUAUCCCACAAUCAUCCCAGUUGCUGUCAAAAUCAAAAGAUGGUAAUCUCCCAACUCAAUUUCAGAAGUCAAAUUCAUUUGUUAGAAGUAAUACCGAUUUCAAUGCAAAAUCUGAUCCAGGAAGUCCAGUGCAUACCAAACCGAUUAUUUUUACGCGCUUAACCAGACUAUAUACCAAUAGUUUGCCAAUGCUUGUCCGCGCUGCAGUUUUUGCAUGGACACUAAUUUUGGCUGCCGCUAUUCCUAUUCUAAUUGUUGUCUACCGAGGCCGUGCUAUAGGUUUCCUCAUGUCGGUCGUAUUUCGCCAAGAUGAAGAAAAAUUAUACCGACCUGAGCAAAGACAUCAUAGCUUUUUCCUACUGAACUACACAUCAAGUGGUGAAUUGAACAAUUGGAGAACAGUUGUGGCUACACUAUGUGCUGCUUUUGUUCAGCUAGCUGCAAUCGUAGCAGUUCAUCGAGCUUAUAGUGCAGUAGCUGAAUGGUUGACUAAGUUCAGCUAUCAUUCAGUAUAUGACUCACGCUUCCAAAGUCUUUACACAGCGUUUAUGUCUUGUUUUGACUCAGCCAAUUAUUAUUCCAGUUUAGUGUACAUAGCUUUUUUCAAGGGGCGAUUCGCCACUAAUCGAAAUCGACAUUCAGAAACUACUGUGACAUUUUCUAGUUUUUGGCCAAUAACUAUACUUCAAAAAUUAAUACAUCAUGUCAGGGAAGACGUUUGUGACCCUGCGGCGGCGGGCACAGGCUGUGUUCCGGAGUUAUGUAUUCAGUUGGCAAUUAUAAUGAUUGGCAAGCAAAUAAUAGACAACAUAAUCGAGCUAUCUAUGCCGCUUAGUCUAAAUUUAUGGCGUCGAUGGCGUGCUAACAUGAAUCGACGUAAAGUCCUAAAGAAGAAGUUGUCUAAUGCUACAACUUCAAAUAUUGUUUCUCCUAAACAAUGGCAGUUAGAUUACCAUUUGGAGGAUAGUGGGCCUUUAGGCUUAUACCAAGAAUAUUCAGAAAUGGUCAUCCAGUAUGGUUUUGUAGUUAUGUUUACUACAUCUUUUCCAUUAGCUCCUUUGUGUGCCUUACUAAACAAUAUUUUGGAACAACGAUUAGACGCCUAUAAAAUGAUAGUAGCUCAACGACGACCUGUACCAGCUUACUACUGCACCGGAUCCGGUAAACAUCGAAAUGGUGAUUCUUGUUGUGACAACUGCGUAAAAUUAGGAGCUUGGACAGUGGUAUUGAAAAUAUUGUCUGAUAUCGCCGUAGUUUAUAAUGUAUUCGUGAUAGCUUUUACCAGUGAUCUUAUACCUAGGACCGUGUAUGCAAAUAAUUUCUCUGAACAAUCAUCGUUGGAGGGUUAUGUAGCUUGGACACUAUCAAAAGAGCGAAAUAUGACUGAAUAUUAUUAUGAUGGUAAAAGUUACGAUAAUCGACCAGAUAUGUGUCGCUACCGUGGAUAUCAUCGUACUGAAUCGUCACAAAGUUCAAGUUCUUACAUUUAUUGGCAUAUUUUGGCUGCUCAACUUAUUUUUGUAAUUUUAUUUGAGCACAUCAUCCUGAUUAUAAAUGCUGCGUUGAAAUAUAUUGUUCAUAAAUAUUUUCUUAAAGAUAAAACAAGUUCAGAAAAAGAAACAGAAAAAUUAUCACCCAUCAAUAAUGAUUUUGUUGUGAAGUCAUCACAAUCAACUACACUUGUUAGUUCCACUAACAUUACAAACGACAAGGGACAUAAUGGUCACUCCGAUGACGAUGAUUCGGUAGUGAUAAAGAACAUGAGUUUACCGGUUGAUAUUUCCCGAAAAAGACUGGAUUAUUCUAAAACAUCAACAAAACGCUCACGUUCUUCUGUUGUAAUGGUUGACAUCGAGAACGAUGAUCAAGUUGAGUGUGAAGCAAACCCAUGAUAUUCGCUGUCGAAUUCAUAAUGGGCAAAGAUCCAGUUCUUAAAUUAACUACCAAUAAGACUGAAGUAUAUGAUUUUUCAAAUUUUGAUUUGAAUAAUUGUUGAACAAUAGCCAUUGUUGUUUUCAGUUUUACAAAAUAUUGGUUUUAAUAAGUAAUUAAUUAAUAUUCGAAAUGUUGAAUUAUUAUUUAUUAAGAUGAAAUGUACACAAUUUAUUAAAAUCCUUAAAUGGCAAAUGUCUUUUAGGGAUUAUUAGCAUAGUAUUAUAGUAUAUUGAUUAAAUUUAAUUGGCAAACA